AUGCCUCCUGCUGAGCCUGAUACAAACCCAUGGGCAGCACUCGCGCUUUCGCGCAUCGCCAGUCUGCCCGUCGACCACGGAUUGAACCCUUCGCGAGGAACCAUAGAACGUGAACUCUCGCGCCUCAGAGAGGCUCAGCGACCCUUCCUCGAUAUGCUCAACACUGGAACAUACGCGCCACUGCUUUCUCUCCCCGACGAGCUCAUCGCCGACAUUCUGCUCUAUGUACGCGACGCCCGCGUGAAAGAUCGCAAGCCCCGCUGUGAAGAUCUAGGACAUCGCAACGUAGCACCUUGGUACUCCUUCGCCCAUAUAUGCCGCCGUCUACGGAGUAUCGCGCUCGGGACUCCUAUGCUCUGGACAGACGUUUCGGAUUUCGACGGGCGUCCGCUUCUCGAGGAGAUCCUCCCGAGGUCAAGAGGCCUACGUAUCACUCUACAUCUCGAACAUGGUACCGUACUCGACAUCGCCGACUUGAAACGUGUCUCCCGCCUCCAACUUACGGGGGACGUGCGCGACGCGCAAGGCCCACUCGGUCAGCCUCUUCCCGCACUCGAGACAUUGUGGGCCAACACCCGAUCGUACCCCGACUUCAGCACCAGGGAAUUUCUACCCCAUAUUCCAAUGGAGCGCAUUCCACCUCGCCUAUCCACCCUGCACAUAGAUGGAAAGCCCUUUCCGUGGGAUUGCGCGAUCUAUGACAACUUGACCCAUCUUCAGAUGGCCUGUGUUGCAGAACCGCUCACGGCUGCAGAGUUGAGAGACCUCUUUUCCCGCAUGCACCGCAUUCAUACCAUUGGGCUGGAUGGUGUGGACCUCCUACGCACCGAGAAUCCGAACGAUGGAAUGAUCGAGCUACCGUCUACGCUACAACACAUGUUCAUGAGCUACGAAAGACAGUACUCUACACCGCGGCUACCGUUACGCGUCCAUGUCCGGCCGGGCACUGAGGUCGUCAUCCAUCUUUCGGCGCGCACUCUAUCGCGACACACCACGUUCCAGCGAGACCUUCUUUCCCGUCAUAUAUUCGAGGACCCAGCACACGACGGCCCUUACGCGUUGUCUGUCUCGAUCGGUCAAGACAAGGGCGACUCCCUGUGGGGCGUUGAGCUGGGAUACUGGAGAACACUCUUUUCCCCAGCUUCACCUCCUCUGUUCGCACUACAGCUUCCAUUCCAAUCGGCCUUUGCCGACGAGCAAAGUCUCUUGCUAGAACGUCAGGCGCAGCGAGUUACCGGACUAGUACUACGGAUAUCCUUCCCGGACGACUCCGAUUCGCCCGAGCAAGAAUACGGAGCGUGGGCCCGCUUCUUCCUCGGCUUGUCCGCUGUACAAGAACUAUUCUGUUCUCUGCGCACUCUUGAAUACGUUCUGAGCCACGCGGGGCUGUUGGACCCCGAUACUACGUUGGCAGAUCACCCAUACCAUAACCUUCGCGUGCUACAUCUGCAGGUGGAUCCUCAUGGCGAUGCGGUGCAAGCGGACAAACUCAUCAGCAAGAUUGGAAAUUGGCUGGAUGCGAGGAGGAAGGUUGGGCUUGAGGGUGUGGAUGUACGUGUUGAGGACAAGCUGAGAGAGGUACUUGGCGAUGCCUCGAUUGAAGAGCUGUUGAAGCGAGGCUUGGACCCGCCGGAGUAA